CAAUUGUAAGAUAUAAAAUUGGAGCAAAACGAAGAGUGGGUUUUGAAGGUUAAGUGAAUGGAGGACUAUUUGGGGGUACCAUGUGGUACGGAAUUGCAGAAGACAAGCGAAAGCUUUAUUUUUUAGUAUAGAAGAUAUACAAAGUGUGAAAGAAUGGUAGUUUUUUGAGGAAAUGGCGCAAGAAUAAUUGCUUUGCUUAUCUUCCUCCAGACAUAGGCAUGUGACCCACCUCGCAAAUAAUGGAGCCCCAUCUCUGGCACCCCAAAACCUGACUCUUCCAUACACAGAUAAGUCACACUGCCAUAAAACAGAGCUGUGAAUGUGAGAACUUAGAAGAGUAGAGUGAAAAUUUUGUAUUGCAAUUUGCAAUUACAUUACACAUUACACUCCGGGGAAUUUGUAUUACGUGCGUUUCAAUGGCGUCAGUUUUUUGGGCUCUUUGGUGAAGAAGAUAUGGAGACAAAGCCAUUUCAUAUCAGCCCUUCUCUUAUCUGUUUCCAACAGCGACAACCCAUCUUCUGAUUUCUUCCUUUUUUCGAGAGAUAACCCAUUGAAAUUCUCCUUCCUCUAUCUGGGUUUUUUCUUUUUUCUCUUUGUUCCUCCCAGUUCUUGUUCAGAUCUGCCAGUUAGCUGAGGCUGUUGGUAAGAGAUGAAGGGUUGAUUCCAAUUUCCAAGAGACAUUUGGAGUUGAGUUUCUGUAGCUUCCUCUUUUUGUCUCUGAAUGCGUCCAUUAGUCUGGUUAAGGUAACUACGAAGUUCUUGUAUAAAUAAAAUUCUAAGAAUGUCCUUUCUUCGAGGUCGAUGAAGUUUCUUUGGAGUUGCCGCAUUCGAUUACUGAAUGGGUUUGUUCAUGAGUGUUGGCUGAAAAUAUAGUUUGAUAGUUUCCUUCUUAUUUCUACCAAAAGAGCAAAGAAGACGAGAUUUCGUUUGUUGGGGAAGAUGGGGAAUGUUCGAAUCAGGAAAUUCUUGAUUCCGCUGAUAUUUCUGAUAAUCUGUGUGUACCUACAAUCCGGAGAAGCCAAAUCCAAUUCCCUUUUCAUUAACUGUGGCUCAAGUUCAGAUGUUACUGUUGAUGGUCGGAAAUGGAUCGGCGACCUGGCCUCCGAGGGAAACUUUUCCGUCGGCGAUCUUGGUGCUAAUAUUAACGCCUCCACAGCCAGUCUAGGCGGCGAUUCAGUCUUUGAGCCACUGUAUAGAACUGCUCGGAUUUUUACCAAUUCCCUAAACUAUACUUUCAAAGGCCUUUGGGGUAAUCAUUUUGUCCGGCUCCAUUUCUGCCCCUUCCCCUUUGAAAACUUCAAUGUGAACGGAUCAUCAUUUUCUGUCUCAGCUAACGGUCUUGGACUGGUUUCAGAGUUGAGCGUUCCCAAUGAGAUUGCAUAUAAGAAUAUGGAGUUUCAGCGUUCUGGGGUCAAUUCCAGUUCAUUCUAUUUGAUUAAAGAGUUCAUUGUUGCUGUCAAUUCGGAAUCAUUCGUUAUCGAGUUCUCCCCUUCUGGAGGAUCAUUUGGGUUCAUCAAUGCGGUUGAAGUUAUCCCCCUGGUGGAUGAGCUCUUUGCAGGUUUGAUUGAUAAGGUGGGUGGAAAUGCUGUUGGUUUGAAUGUGAGUGAAAGGGGAACUGAAACUAUGUACAGAUUGAACGUUGGAGGUGAGGAGAUCAAACCCACUCAAGAUUCAAAUCUUUGGAGAAGAUGGGAAGUGGAUUCGAGUUAUAUGAUCACAGCAAAUGCUGGGUCGGAGAUACAUAACAGUUCUAAUAUAACAUAUGCUUCCCUGAAUGACUCCAUUGUAGCUCCUCUACCUGUGUAUGAAACAGCCAGAACGAUGUCCGAGACCGAAGUACUCGAGAAAAGGUUCAACAUGUCGUGGAAAUUCGAAGUUCAUCCUGGUUUCGAGUACUUGAUCCGAUUGCAUUUCUGUGAGCUGCUAUAUGAUAAGGCAAGGGAGAGGGUUUUCAAGAUAUACAUAAACAACAGGACUGCAGUGGAAAGUUUUGAUGUGUUUGUUCGAGCAGGGGGAAUGAACAAAGCACAUCACGUGGAUUUUCUUGAACCAAAAUCAUCUAAAAUCAACACCCUUUGGAUUCAAUUAGGCCCUGAUACAGCUGCGGGUGCUGCAGGAACUGACGCUCUCUUGAAUGGUCUGGAGAUCUUUAAGCUGAGUCAGAAUGGGAAUCUUGCAUACAUUGACAGGUUUAAUGCCUUAGAGGAAUCGACGGGAAACUCGAAAUCGCAAAUUCUUUGGAUAGGCAUUGGAGCAGGUUUAGCAUCUGUUGUUUUUCUUUCUGUUAUUACCAUUCUCGUCAUCUACUUCUGCAGAAUUCGGAGAAGGAAUUUCACUAAGAAGAACUCUUCAAGGUGGAGAACAGCAUCCAGUCAUGGGGCAACUAUGACCAACACCUAUGCCAGAGGGUCCUUAGGCGGAGGCCAAAGUCAGUAUGGGACGAUGCCGUCUAUCAGAGUUGGUAAAUGGUUUACAUUGGCAGAGAUUCUUUCAGCAACUGACAACUUUGAUGAAGCUCUGCUGAUUGGAGUUGGAGGUUUUGGUAAGGUCUACAGAGGGGAGAUUGAUGAUGGUACUCUUGUGGCAAUCAAGAGAGCCAACCCGCAGUCUCAGCAAGGACUUGCUGAGUUCGAGACCGAAAUCGAAAUGCUUUCUAAACUCAGGCAUAGACAUCUGGUCUCCAUGAUCGGCUUUUGUGACGAGCAGAAGGAAAUGAUCUUGGUUUACGAGUACAUGGCGAAUGGCACGCUGAGAAGCCAUCUCUUUGGGAGUGAUCUCCCACCUCUGACUUGGAAGCAGAGGUUGGAAGUGUGCAUUGGUGCAGCCAGGGGACUCCACUACCUUCACACAGGAGCUGAGAGAGGAAUCAUCCACAGAGAUGUGAAGACAACCAACAUACUCUUGGAUGAGAAAUUUGUUGCCAAAAUGUCUGAUUUUGGUCUUUCAAAAACAGGUCCUUCAUUGGAUCAUACUCAUGUUAGUACUGCAGUUAAGGGCAGCUUCGGCUAUCUCGACCCGGAGUAUUUCAGGCGCCAACAGCUGAGUGAAAAAUCAGAUGUCUAUUCCUUUGGUGUGGUAUUGUUAGAAGUUGUUUGUGCACGAGCUGUUAUAAACCCAAGUUUACCAAAGGAUCAGAUAAAUCUUGCAGAAUGGGCAAUGAGAUGGCAGCGCAAAAAGUUGCUGCACACCAUCAUCGACCCACAUCUCAAAGGCAAAUAUUGUCCUGAAUCUCUGAAAACAUUUGGGGAGAUGGCAGAAAAAUGCCUUGCUGAUGAGGGGAAGAUUCGUCCAACAAUGGGGGAAGUUCUGUGGCACCUAGAAUAUGCUCUGCAACUCCAUGAUGCUUGGAUCCGCACCAAUGAUGCAGUAAGUUCUUGCACAGAAGCAGCUCAAGCUGAAGAAUAAAGGCGAGAGCUUGACGGGGAAGACGAAAGCUCCAACUUGGAAGCUUCAAACCCCAACUGAUCAUAUAUCCUAGUAGAUUUGGUUACAUAACUAGUAAGGCCAACUGCCUAUAUUCAAUUAAAUUUGUUUUUUCUUUUUUUUUUCUUUUCAUAUUCUUUUGAAUAGUUCUUUCCACUAUAGCAGUAUGAAUAUUAGAUUUUCUUGUUAUAUUAAGAUCUACUGUAUUGCUCAAAAUGUAAUUUAUUAUACGUGAGUAGGCUUCUCUGCUUCCGAUGUGCGUCUUUCUCAAAUUGUCAUUUCAUUUCUUUAUAGAAGUCUUUCAGAUUCUUCUCAA